CAAAGUCAAGGGAUCGGUCUUCCACCUACCGAAAUAUGUCUGAUACUCCAUCCCCAUCACCUACUCCUACUGCACAGAGCGGCUCGCGUGCACGGUAUGAAAAAAGGCACAGGGCGCGCCACCUUAAAUCCCGCAAUGGCUGCUACACCUGCAAGCAACGAAGAGUCAAGGUCUGUUAAUCAUCGCAUUGCAACAUGUUCAAAUUGUCUACUGACCGCAUGUUGCAGUGUGACGAGGUAAGGCCUGUUUGUGGUGCAUGCUCUUUUCGUGGUGAAUCAUGUUCAUUUCCGCCUCUAGCGCUACCCACCUCGAUGGACUCAGAAGACUAUCAGCGCUCGCGAAAGCCCAGGCGGGUGGUUCCUGUACCACACCCCUUGCAGCCGUUGGAAUUCCACCUGCCUGGGUUAUCCUCAGAACUGUCACUGCAUGGGCAAACAAUCAAUAUGGCUGACAUGAACCUUUUGACCAAGUUUAUGCUGCAGACAUCAAAAAAGAUGAGUCUUCAUCCAAAACGAAUGUUAAUCUGGCAGCAAGUUAUCCCAGACAUGGCUGCAAAACAGGAAUAUUUGAUGCAUCUACUCCUCGCACUCGCUGGAGCACAUACCCUAUAUGAAUCAGACAUGGCAAGAACUGGAACACUGAACAAAGACGAUAACCAAUCUGCCACGCCCUCUAUAGACAAUUCUGCAAUUCAUGGUCUUCAUCGCGUUAUUGAACAUCACCAAAGGGGACUCAAAGGAUUCCGAGAGGCUCUAUCCGAUAUGUCUGCUGCCACGGCAGAAUAUGUUUUCUGCGGCUCACUCUUAAUCGUUGCCUUCGCCUUUGCUUCUUUGUCAAUCCGGGACCUGAAUAUUACAGAGCCGGGGUUCAGGAACGGAGACAAUUACGAAAGUCCAUUUACAGACUGGCUUCAUUUGGUUCGAGGGUUGACCACUGUGGUGCAAGAGCAUUGGUUUACCCUCAAAACCAGCAGACUGAGAUCUAUGUUGCUUUACGAUUACGGCAACGACGAUUGGAGACACACCCUUUCAUUAGUCCGUGUCCCGCGUUUAACCUAUGGCUCCCGUGUAGUGUUGAUAUUUACGCAGGGAGCCACUCAGUCUCUUUCUAUGCUACGCGCCUACGCAGCCACAUUGACUUCGAGCCCUGCAGCAAACGAGACCAAUUCUACGUCACCCCAGAAUUCGUCGGACACUCAGACGGGAACUGAUAAUCUAAGCCAGGGGCAUGCAAAUACCAUUGAUAAGUUAGAGGAGAUAUAUAUGCGUACCCUUAAUGUGUUUCACUUUUCAGAAAGUGGGCGUGAUUGCUCUGCAUCGCGGGAUUUUCAGAUCGAUCUAGAAGAGGCUGCCGUCGCGUCCUGGCCUUGUAUGGUAUCAAAUGCCUUCAUUACCUCCCUUAAGCCACGGGGCCAAGUUGAGAUUGCUGAAGGAUUCUCAUACACGAUUUUGGCUCAUUUCUAUCUGGUUUUCCUGUUGUUGGGGGAUUUGUGGUAUCUUAAUCGGGCCUUUCACAAGGAGAUCCAAAAGAUCUUUCGGCUUGUGAGUGAUUUGCAAAAUGACCAACUCCUAGCCCUCAUGGAAUGGCCGAUGGCUGUCAUAGCAGCAAAUCAAGAGGAGUGAGACCAUGUCGCAUUUUUACAGUUCAUUGAUGGCCA